UAUCGCCAUUUCGUGCUUCCUUAAGGAGAGAAACACGGUCCGGAGGACAACCGUGAGUGGAGCACGAUUUCAGUGUAGUUUACGUUUCUCGUUCACGUUUGUGGAGUAACAAUUUUUGUUUAGAAAAUUGAGGCCUGUUGAAAUGGGAGAUCCAGCCAUGCAUAGAGACUGUCCUCUCGACUGCAAGGUCUACGUGGGGAACCUGGGGAACAAUGGGAACAAGACGGAGCUGGAGCGGGCCUUCGGGUACUACGGCCCCCUGCGCAGCGUCUGGGUGGCCAGGAACCCCCCCGGCUUCGCUUUCGUUGAGUUCGAAGACCCCCGUGACGCGACGGAUGCCGUGAGAGAGCUGGACGGAAGGACGUUGUGCGGGUGCCGAGUGCGAGUGGAGCUCUCCAACGGCGAGAAGCGCACAAGGAACCGGGGUCCGCCCCCGUCCUGGAGCCGCCGCCCGCGGGACGACUACCGCCGCCGCAGUCCUCCCCCCAGGCGCAGAUCACCACGCAGGAGGAGCUUCAGCCGCAGCCGGAGCAGAUCUCUCUCCAGAGAUAGGAGGAGGGAAAGAUCUCUGUCUCGGGACAGGAACCACAAACCCUCUCGCUCCUUCUCCAGAUCACGAAGCCGUUCUAGGUCUAACGAGAGGAAGUAAAAGAGCGAAAGUCAUCGUUGAUGUCGGAAGGAAAAAAAGAUGGUUGUCCCCUAACUAGAUUUAUGUCAUGGACUUUGAGCCCUGGAGUUGUUUCUGUUUUAUUUUUUAAGUCUCUUUUAGCGGUUUAGUUCUUGCUUUUUUCUGGUGACAUGCAAGGUACCUAAUUCCCCCAUCAUAUUUUGUAUGUAAGUGGGCGUAUGCAGGUGAAAUGCUAUACAAAGUUACUGUCGAGUUCACAUGUAAUUGUCCUCCCAGCAGCAUUCCAUACCCACUUGCACAACCAAUUAAAACCUUCUCUUCCAAAGCUGUUGUAUGUCUUGUAUGUAUAUAUAGAGGACUGAAUGUAUCUGGUGGUGAAAAGCAUGUGGCGUUAAGACGCCGUUUCAUCCAACUCACAUGCCAUUUACAGGAUUUUUUUUUUGUUUUUUUUU